UUUAUUAUUUUAUCAAUUCCGUAUCGACGUAGCAUGUGGAGGCCCGGUACACGGCGCUGAUGGCUUAUAUUGGGAGAAGGAGAAGAGAACCUACGGCCUCUUCCCAGAACCAAGCACUUCCUCUUCCCAGAUCCAAGCACAUCCUUUUCCUCUCUCUUCUCUUCCUUUCUGUCAGACGGCAGAACCCUUCGUCCAAAAUCUUCGACGGCCGAACCCUUCGUUCUUAGAUCUCUUCCUCUCUCUCAGAUUUGAGAAUCACCGUCUGCCAGUUCUCUUCCUCUCUCUCAGAUCGGCGUUUCGGACGGAGUCACUGAGCUCGGCCGCUACCCACUUUUCGGCGUCGAACCAGUGACCUUCUUUGAGUAAUUUGCAGUCUUGAUGCGGGAUGGAGGAGGACAAAAAGUGAGAGAAAAUAGCAGAGUACACUGUUGCACCUGUUGGACAGUGGCUAUGCUAUUCAUUCCACUACAACAGCAACAUAGAGAAUAUGAAGAAUCAGAAGAGAAUUUGCGGGAUGCUAAAGACAGGGUGCAACACUCGGUUGAAGCUGCUUUAAGAAAUGAAGAGAAAAUUUAUCCUGAUGUUAGAAAGUGGUUGACAGAUGUAGAUCGUAUUACAGAAUUGGCCACCAGGAGACUUCGUGAAAGUGAAGAAGAAGCAAGCAUGAGGAGCUCUAAUGGGGCAUGCCUAAACUUAAAACAUCGGCAUCAAUUAAGUCGGGAAGCAAAGAAGAUCGUGGAAAAUAUUGCCCAACUUUUUGCCAAACUUCAUAACAAUAGAAACUUUGAAAUAGUUUCGUAUCCUACUCUUCCUUCAGAAGGAAUGGACUACAACAACAUCAUAGAGAAUAUGACGAAUCAGGAAGAGAAGCUGCAACAUGCUCGAGAAAGGGUGCAACACCCAGUUGAUGCUGCUUUAAGAAAUGGUGAGGAAAUUUAUUUUGAUGUUAGCAAGUGGUUGACAGAUGUAGAAUUGGCCACCAGGAAACUUCAUGAAAUCAAAGAAGAAGCAGGUGUGAGGAGCUCUAAUGCGGCAUGCCUAAACUUGGAACAUCAACAUCAAUUAAGUCGGGAAGCAAAGAAGAUCAUGGAAAAUAUUGCCGAACUUCUUAAAAAUGGAAACUUCGAUAGGGUUUCUUAUCCUCCCACUUCGCAAGAAAUGGUGACUCUAAGAAACAUGGAUUACGUAACCUUGGAUUCAAGGAUGUCAAUUAUGAAGAGAAUUAUGAAGGCAUUGAGAGAUGCUAAUAUCAACAAGAUUGGCGUGUGGGGGUCGCCUGGAGUUGGAAAGAGUACACUUAUGAAAGAAAUCUUCAAGAAAGCCAAGGAAGAAAGCUUAUUCCAUGAGGUGGCUCUGGCAAAUGUGACGGACAACCCAGACCUAAGUCGAAUACAAGGAGAAAUUGCAGAGAUGCUAGAUCUAGAGCUUGAUCCUAAUAAAAGUGUAAUAGUAAGAGCAGGCCGUCUACGGGCGAGGUUAGAAAAAGAAAAGGAGAAGAAGAUACUUGUUAUCCUGGAUGAUAUAUGGAAACAACUUGAUCUGGAGGAAAUAGGAAUUACUCCUUCUGAAAGAUGCAAAGUACUACUUACAUCCAGAGAUCGGCAGAUACUUGCAUCUGAGAUGGUCACCGAAGAGAACAACUUUAAACUCGACAUUUUAGGAGAACAAGAAGCAUGGAAAUUAUUUGAAAAGAUGGCGGGUGAUUCUAUCAAAGAUGAUCAUGAUUUGCAAAACGAAGCAAUUAAGGUAGCUAAAGCGUGUGCAGGUCUUCCUAUUGCACUUGUAACAGUUUCUAGGGCAUUAAAGAAUCAUAAGAAUUUGAGAAUCUGGAAGGAUGCCCUGAUGCAACUAACAAGACCCACUCCAGAACAUGACACAAAAAUAUGGUCACCCGUAUAUUCUUGUAUAGAGCUAAGCUAUAAACAUCUUGUUGGUGGAGAGGUCAAAUCCCUCUUUUUGCUUUGUGCUCGACAAGAUUACUACAUUUCCUAUCAGGAUUUGUUGAGAUAUGGUUUCGGUCUGUGUUUAUUCCAUGGCAUUGAUACAUUGGAAGAAGCAAGAAAUAGACUAGAAUAUUUAGUUGGUAAUCUCCAAGAUUCUUGUUUGCUACUACAAAGUCCACAUAGCUCCAAGGUAUUUUACAUGCAUGAUCUUGUUCGUGAAGUUGCUACAAUAAUUGCGUCAAAGAAUCAUAAUAUGUUUGUCAUGAGAGAUGAUGGUGGGCAAAAAGCAUGGCCGGAUGUGGAGGCACUAAAUAGAUGUGAGGCGCUCUCUAUUCAUGGUGGAGAAAUCCAUAAGCUUCCCAAUAAAAUGGAAUGUCCUAAAUUAAGAUUCUUUCAUGUCGACUGUAAAGACUCACUUAAUUUGAAAAUCCCAGACAUUUUCUUCCAAGGGUUGGACAAGCUCGAAGUUCUGAGUUUGAAAAGAAUGCGACUUUCAUCACUCUUUCCACUUACAAACUUACAAACAUUGUGUCUAAAAGGAUGUGUGUUGGGAGAUAUUCAUGGGAUUGGAGAACUCAAGACUUUAGUAAUUCUUAGUCUUGCUGAUUCUAACAUUUCAAAUCUGCCAAGAGAAAUAGGGUCGUUGACUUGUUUGCGGCUAUUGGAUUUGAGCGAUUGUUGGGGACUUAAAGUGAUUCCUCCUAAUGUCUUGUCAAGCUUGGUCAACUUAGAAGAGUUGUAUAUGCAAAGAAUCAUCGUCCAAUGGGAGGUUGAAGGACCCGGCAAUGAAGGAAAAAAUGCUAGCCUUGCAGAGCUAAUGAAAUUGUCACACUUGACCACCUUAGAGAUAGAUAUUCCGAAUGCCAACAAUCUACCGAAAGAUUUGUUUACUGAAAAGCUUGAGAGAUACGAGAUAUGCAUUGGAGUUCAAAGCUACUAUGGAAAUAUUAUGAGGGAGGUAGCCUUGUCAAGAGUUUUAAAACUCAAACUGAAUUUGAGCUUUCAAUUGGACGUUGGGAUCAAAAUGCUAAUGAAGAGAACGGAAUAUCUUUAUUUAGACGAGGCGAACAGUUCUAAGAGUGUCUUAUAUGAAGUAGAUAGAGAAGAUUUUCAACAAUUGAAGCAUCUCCAUAUCCAAAACAAUGGUAAUAUUAAGCAUAUCCCUGAGUUGAGGACCUUUACUAUCCUGGAGGCAUUUGUUUUGAAAAAUAUGUUCAGCUUGGAAGAAAUUUGUCAGGGCAAACUUCCAUUGUCAUCUUUCAAAAACUUGAAAGUUUUAAAGGUGGAGAACUGUGAGAAAUUAAGAUUUAUCUUCUCAUCAUCUAUAGCCAGAGGCCUUUCACUACUUGAAGAAUUGAACAUAACAAGAUGCAACAACAUGGGUGCAAUAUUCGUGAAAGAAGAAGAAGAUGGAAUAGAAGAUCAGGGAGAUAUGAUGUUGUUCGGUCGACUUCAAACCUUGGUGCUAAGGAAUCUUCCAAAGCUCGUGGGCUUCCUAAGCACAAAAGAUUCAUUCAUGGCUGAUUGUAGAGAAACCAAUUCAGAGGGCAACCAUGAUCUUCAGUUGCCACUUCUACAUCAUGAUCAGGUUUCCUUUCCAAGCCUGAAAACACUAUGUAUGGAGGGUCUACCCAAAAUAAAGUACGUAUGGAGCUGUGGUCAAGAACCCAAAACAGUCAUAAGAUGUCUUGAACAAUUGCAAGUACUUGAGAUUAAGGAUUGUGGGGUGGAGGAAAUUGUUGCAGUUGAAAGAGGAGGAGAAGCAGUAGCAAUUAGGACUUUGGUGUUCCCUCAAGUAACUCGGUUGAAGUUUAGAAAUUUACCGAGACUCAAGUGGUUUUGCAAAGGAGUUCAUGUUUCAAAAUGGCCGAUGCUGAAAGAGAUGACAAUUCAAGGAUGCCAUAAAGUUGAGAUUUUUGCUUCAGAAGUUGUGAGUUUUGAAAAAGCAGUUGAAGAUCAGAGGCAGUCUGAGAUGUCCAAUAUUAAACAACCCCUUUUCUCGGUGGAUGAGCUCUCGUUUCCGAGCUUGAAGAAGUUGGAUAUUUCGAGCAUGGAUAAGUUGGAAAUUGUAUGGCAGGAUCAAGUUGCCGCGACUUCUUUUCCCAAUAUUCCGAAUGCCAACAAUCUACCGGCAAAUUUGUUUUCUGAAAAGCUUGAGAGAUACAGGAUAUGCAUUGGAGUUCAAAGCUACUCUCGGGAUUUUAAGAGGGAGGUAGCCUUCUCAAGAGUUUUAAAACUCAAACUGAAUUUGAGCUUUCAAUUGGACGUUGGGAUCAAAAUGCUACUGAAGAGAUCGGAAUAUCUUUAUUUAGACGAGGAGAACAGUUCUAAGAGUGUCUUAUAUGAAGUAGAUAGAGAAGAUUUUCAACAAUUGAAGCAUCUCCAUAUCCAAAAUAAUGAUAAUAUUAAGCAUAUCCUUGAGUCGGGGACAUCGGUUGUUGCCUUUCCUAUACUGGAGACAUUUGUUUUGAAAAAUAUGAUAAGCUUGGUAGAAAUUUUUCAGGGUAACCUUCCAUUGGAAUCCUUCAAAAACUUGAAAGUUUUAAAGGUGGAUAACUGUGAAAAAUUAAUAUUUAUCUUCUCAUCAUCGAUAGCCAGAGGCCUUUCACUACUUGAAGAAUUGAAUAUAACAAGAUGCAACAACAUGGUUGCAAUAUUCGUGAAAGAAGAAGAAGACGGAAUAGAAGAUCAGGGAGAUAUGAUGUUGUUCGGUCGACUUCAAACCUUGGUGCUAAGGGAUCUUCCAAAGCUCGUAGGCUUCCUAAGCUCAAAAGAUUCAUUCAUGGCUGAUUGUAGAGAAACCAAUUCAGAGGGCAGCCAUGAUCUUCAGUUGCCACUUCUACAUCAUGAUCAGGUUUCCUUUCCAAGCUUGCAAAAACUAAGUAUGACGGGUCUACCCAAAAUAAAGUACGUAUGGAGCUGUGGUCAAGAACCCAAAAUAGUUUUCACAGGUCUCGAGCAAUUGCAAGUAGUUGAGAUUAAUGAUUGUGGGGUGGAGGAAAUUGUUGCAGUUGAAAGAGGAGGAGAAGCAGUAGCAAUUAGGACUUUGAUGUUCCCUCAAGUAUAUACGUUGGCUUUUAGAAAUUUACCGAGACUCAAGAGGUUUUGCCAAGGAGUGUAUGUUACAAAAUGGCCGAAGCUAAAAUGGAUGACAAUUAAAGGAUGCGACAAAGUGGAGAUAUUUGCUUCAGAAGUUGUGAGCUUUGAAAAAACAGUUCAAGAUCAGAGGCAGUCUGAGAUGUCCAAUAUUAAACAAUCCCUUUUCUCGGUGGAUGAGCUCUCAUUCCCCAGCUUGAAGACACUGCAGAUUUUGGAAAUGGAUUCGUUAGAAAUUAUAUUUGGAAAGCUGGAGGGGCAAAAUGGUAAAGAACCACAAGUUUUAAUAUCCCCAGCAUCAGGGACAGAAGAAAGUGGAGCAGCCACACACUUUGUGUCGACUGGCAAACUUCCAUUGAUAUACUUCAAAAACUUGAAAGUUUUAGAGGUAGAGAACUGUCAGAAAUUAAGAUUUCUCUUCUCAUCAUCCAUAGCCAGAGGCCUUUCACUACUUGAAAAAUUGAAAAUAAAAGGAUGCAACAACAUGGGUGCAAUAGUUGUGACAGAAGAAAAAGACGGAACAGAAGAUGGAGAUGUAAUAUUGUUCCAUCAACUGCAAACCUUGGUGCUAGAGGACCUUCCAGAGCUCGUGAGCUUCUUAAGCACAAAAAGUUCAUUCAUGACUGAUUGUGGGCAGAUCAUUGCAGAGGGCAACCACAAUCUUCACAUGCCACUUCUACAUCAUCAGGUUUCAUUUCCAAGCUUGCAAACACUGCGUAUGUGGGGUCUACCCAAAAUAAAAUACGCAUGGAGCUGUGGUCAAGAACCCAAAACAGUUUUCAGAUGUCUCGAGCAAUUGCAAGUACUUGAGAUUAUUGAUUGUGGGGUGGAGGAAAUUGUUGCAGUUGAAAAAGGAGGAGAAGCAGUAGCAAUUAGGACUUUGGUGUUCCCUCAAGUGACCCAGUUGAAGUUUAGCGAUUUACCGAGACUCAAGUGGUUUUGCCAAGGAGUGUAUGUUACAAAAUGGCCGAUGCUGAAAAAGAUGAAAAUUGAAAGAUGCGACGAAGUGGAGAUUUUUGCUUCAGAAGUUGUGAGCUUUGAAAAAACAAUUAAAGAUCAGAGGCAGUCUGAGAUGUCCAAUAUUAAACAAUCCCUUUUCUCGGUGGAUGAGCACUCAUUCCCCAGCUUGGAGACACUGGAAUUUUGGAACAUGGGUUCGUUAGAAAUUAUAUUUGGAAAGCUGGAGGGGCAAAAUGGUAAAGAACCACAAGUUUUAAUAUCCCCAGCAUCAGGGACAGAAGAAAGUGGAGCAACCACACACUUUGCGUCGACCCUCUCGUUUCCGAGCUUGAAGAAGUUGUACAUUUCGAGGAUGGAUAAGUUGGAAAUUAUAUGGCAGGAUCAAGUCGCCGCGACUUCUUUUCCCAAUAUUCAAGAAUUGUCAAUUGAUUUUUGUCACAAGUUGUUGCACGUCUUUCAAUCUAAUUUGCAUGCAACAACAACAACAUUGAUGCAAAGUCUGACUCGUCUAAAUAUAACAUACUGCAGUUCAUUAGAAAGUAUAUUUGGAAAUAUGGAGGGGCAAAAUGGUAAAGAAUCACAAGUUUUAAUGGCUCCAAGUUCAGGUACAGAAGACGGAAUAGCCGGACAUAUUGAGUUCCCCAUACUAACUCAAUUGUUACUAUUUGAAUUGCCAAAACUCAAGUGGAUUUUUGAAGGAGUGCAUACUAAUUUGGAAUCAUGGCCUUCAUUGAAACACCUAUCCCUGUGGGAAUGUGGUGAACAAGUGAACAAAAUGAUUUGGGCUUCAAAAUUUGCAAGCAGCAGUAGUAGUCAAGAGAACCAACUCCUGACUUGCAUUCAACAACCCAUGUUCGUCUUUGAGGAGGGUACGUUCCGCAACUUGGAGUAUUUCCCCGACUUGGAGUAUUUGGCAUUUUACUUCGGUGGAAGAACUAAAUGUCCCAGCAGAUUUUCAGAUUUUCUCGAUCCAUCUUCUCUUCUAACAGGACUGCCAAAUCUAUUGAAACUUUACGUAUUCGAUCGUGUCCGUGAGGAAUAUUAUGAACUUGUUGUUCAAAAAAUACGAUUAAGAAUACUAAGGCUCUGUCGUCUAUGGAUGCUUACACAUUUGUGGAAAGAACACAGUACCCGGCCAUGCAAACUCUUUCAUAAUCUGGAAUACCUUGAUGUGUCACGAUGCGGCAAAUUGAAAAACAUAGUGCCAUCAUCUGUAUCUCUUCACAAUUUGACAGGAUUGGAAAUAUCAAGUUGUCACGGAUUGAUCAAUUUAUUAACAUCCUCAACUGCCAAAACUCUGGUGCAACUCAAAAGAAUGACUGUGUUUGAUUGCAAAAGGAUUAUAGAACUUGUAGCAAUGGAGGAUAUUGGUGAAGCAAAUGUGGCGAUUACUUUCAACAAGUUAAGAUACUUAGAACUUCGUGGCUUACCAAACUUCACACACUUUUGCUCUGGACCUUAUUCCUUUGGGUUCCCAUCUUUGGAUGAAGUAAUUGUGAGAUGUUGUCCUGAGAUGAAGACUUUCAGUCACGGAGUCUUAAGUACACCAAAGCUAACAGCAGUAUAUGAUGAUCAUAACCGUUCGUUUUCGAAACCGAAUUUGUAUUGGGAGGAUGACCUGAAUACCACCACACGUUGUCUUUGGGAGGAGUCAAAUCAAUAUGAUACUCGAUUGUUAUUCAGAGAAAGGGUUGAGAAUUCUGAAGAAGAUGAAGAUCAUCCUUCAGAAGAUGAAGAUCAUUCUGAGACUACUGAAGAAUGGUGAUGUUUCUUUCUUUUGAUGAAGUUAGUGCGAGCAGAGGACCCUUCAUUCCCAUUAAUGUUUAAUUAUGGUUUGCUUGUUUUAUUAUGUCUUCUUUAUUUUUAAAUCUCUCUUAUAUGUACGAGAGAAUGCCAAAUAAAAAAAGUUUGACAAUGUAUUGAUUUGAUAUAACUCCUCAUGAAGUACUGUAGUUAACAACUCUGAUGUUGCCAACAAAUAAACUUGAAUUAUAAUCUUAAUUUGACCA